AUCCAUAGUGGGUGUGGCCAAAGUUGUGUCACAGCAUUUAGUUGCUAGGCUGCUAACGCUAGCUUGGAGCUAGUGGUUUAUCCAAAUAGCAUUAGCGCCGUUUUCUCGUCGAAAUCUCAAAGCCAUGCAAACACCGGGAUAUUUUAGGAACGACAAGUGAGUGCAGCGACAAAUUAGUAAUUUUAUACUAUCAAACAGGGCCUGUCUAUGUGCUGGGGUUAAACAAACAGCAUCGGAGGGCAACACAGCGACCCACAUAUAACGUUAGGCGCAAAGUCGUCGCUUGCUAACUUAGCAUCCUGGCCCCUGGCUGGUAUGUCAACAGGUUGUUGCAGUGUACGUUACUGGUAAUAUUUGGAUUAAAUGGCAUCCCGUGAACGUUAACGGUGUUGUUCAAUUUCAGUGUAACGUUAGCAAAUGUUGCUUUGCUUCAUAAACGUGAGGAUCCAGUAACACGGGGCGAACAAGCUGUCAAGAUGGACCUGCAGAGAUCAACGACAUGAGACAGACAAGUGAGUGCACUUCCGUCCUCUCUGCAGAGGAAAAUGUUGGCAACUUAGAGUAAAUGUGAACUGGAGGGACACAAAAUGAUGAAUGUUUUCCCACGCACACUCCCAUUCUCAUGACGCCAGCUGGGAGAUAUGGGCAUCCUCAGACUGGUAGCCAGAAUCAUGGGUAGGAUCAGUACUUUCAGGUCCUAUCAGUUUGUGCUUCUCCUGGCCGCAGCGCUUGCUGUCGUAGCUUUUUACUACUUUGGCUCAGAGAAGCAGAACUUCUCCAGCACCACAAAGCGGAUAAAGCAGACCCAGGCCAGCCACAAUGCCAACAGGAAUGAUGCUGACCUAACUGUGGACACCAGGCUCUCACAGAUGACUGGAUCUGAGGAGCAAGGAGAGGAAGAGCAAGAUGUGGGAGGAGAGAGCGAUAGAUUUGGGCCUAGGAAAGGGGACGGACGCUACCACGCACUCAUGAUGUUCACCAAGGUGGACAAGAGCCGGAGCCUGCAGGACAAGUUUAAGGUGGCCAUGUUGUCUAUGGUGAAGCAUGGACGCUUCAUGGAAGGAGAGGUGUUGGUCCUUCAUUUUGUGAGCGACCAGGCCAGCAAAGAACUGGGAGAGAGGAUGCUGCAGGAGUUUCUCCUUGACGCAACAUUCAAGCAUGAGGUGCUGUUCCAUGACGUGGUGGCUCUCACACAGAAGCUGUUCCCAAUCGUGGAGGCCAUGCAGAAGCACUUCAGUGCCGGCUCUGGGGCUUACUACAGCGACGCCAUCUUCUUCCUGUCUGUUGCCAUGCAUCACAUCAUGCCUGAAGGUCUGACACGCAUAGUGCAGCUCGACCUGGACCUGAAAUACAGGACCAACAUCAGGGACCUUUUCCAAGAAUUUGACCAGUUCCCUCCAGGAGCUGUAAUAGGCAUCGCCAGAGAGAUGCAGCCAGUCUACAGACACACCUUCUGGCAGUAUCGUAAGGAGAACCCUCAGACCAAAGUAGGUGAUCCUCCUCCCGAGGGCCUCCCGGGCUUCAACAGUGGCGUGAUGUUAUUGGACCUAGGUGCUAUGAGGGACUCUGCUCUCUACAACCAGCUGUUGAAGCCUAGCAAUGUGGCGAAACUAGCAGACCAGUAUCGCUUCAGGGGCCACCUGGGGGACCAGGACUUCUUCACCAUGAUCGGCAUGGAGCAUCCUGAGCUGUUUCAUUCGCUGGCCUGUGGGUGGAACCGGCAGCUGUGCACAUGGUGGAGGGACCACGGAUACGGAGACGUGUUUCAGAUGUAUUAUCGCUGUGAUGGACCUGUCUAUAUCUACCAUGGGAACUGUAACUCCCCGAUACCAGAUGACUGAUGACACAAGACUGAUGCUGGAACUGGACAUCUACAAUAAAGUUUGAGAGAAAUACUUUUCUUGCUUUUUGAAAGGGAAGAUUGCAACUUCUAUGGCAGUUUGCUGUCUUGACCGCCAUAGUCUCAGACUCUGCCCCCUGCUGGUCAAGGGGCUACCGAAGGGUCCAUCCAUACAAAGAUGCUACAAAUAUGUCCGUGUCAUUUUAGAAUAAAUUUUGGCAUUCAAGCUGAAAACAGCCCUGUGUUACAGCAGUGCAAGGAGCCGCAAUACCUGGGGCGUGUUUCUUCAGGUACAGAGAUGUCGAAAUGAUGAAGGAUGGUCUAUGAAGUUAACAGAGUGAUUCAUUUGAAGUUAGGACAGUAGAAAAACGUGUUCUUGCCUGUAGCUGAUUUGCCAACACAGCACCUUUCCAAGUAAUGCCGCAUUGCAUCUUGACACCAAACUGCGCCAACGCUGGGAUCAUUCAUGUCUAAUAGGUCGUAGUCAGUAUGAAUGAGGCCUCGAGUGUCAUACAUUGUUGAUUUUUAGUUUUGUUUUUUUUUUCAUUUUCUUAUACAGUAUAUUAAUUGAUUUCAAUAAAUGUUGCCAUUUCUUUUGGAGAUUAUCUAAAAGACCCCUAUACAUAACACAAAGUGAUUCUAUUUUUCAGUUGAUGAUUCACAAGGAAUUCAUAUUGCUAACAAAUGGUUAAAUAUUAUCUGCAAUGAAUGUUGAGUCAGCUGAUGUGUUAAUUGGCAUCUAUAAAUAAAAAGAAUCUUGUACCUGUUGAUUCCCAGCACCUCAAGCUCUCUGUCAGUGCCACAAGUUUAUCCUGCGCUGCGCCUUCCUGCAGUACCACACCACUCUCUUGGAAAUCAGGUGCCAACUAGAACCAUAUAGGGUUCUUUGGCUUAUCCCCAUAGAAAACCCUUUUGGUUCCUGAUACAACCUUUAUACAGAUUCUACUUGGAACCCUUUUAAAUGGGUCUAUCUAGAAACCAACAUAUAUGGAUAUACCUAGAACCAUCUGUGAAAGGUUCCAUCCAGAACACCCUGUGAGAGGUUUUACAGAGAGCCAUGGUUACACUAUGGUGUAACUGUGCCACCCAGAGCCCUCUCUGAGCAUCCUAUCCAGAACCUUUCCACCUUCUAAGGGUGCUUACAGGAACCCACCCAGGGGGUUUUGCUGAGAACCCUUUAUAUUCCAACAGUUUCAACAAGAGCUCACUCAGGGGGGCUCUAAAAAUAGUAAUGAACUAAAUUACUCAAAGAACUUUCUCCCACUAAUCAUAGCUUUAGUUUAAGAGGUUAACCUGGGGCCAAGGAAGCCAGAUCCAGCAGACCUUGGCCUCAUGAAGUCCCUUUAGGGCGGGGGCUGGUAUGGUCCAGAACAACUUACAGUGCUCAUGGUUCACAAUUACAUUUGCAGGGUUUGAUAAUUUGUGAAAUCACUACUACUGCAGCCUUUACUAUGUCAGUAGUGCAGUGGAGUUGGGAACCAAAACUCUGUUCCAAUUAAGAAUCAAAUACGAAAUGCCAAGUACCAGGUAGCUCUAAAAUUGAAAAAACAACAAAAAAGAACUGAACUGACAGACAUCAACUAUGGCAAAACACAAGUAAAAUGAAUUAAUGAGGAGGAUUCCAGAUACAUCUACAUUUCUACAAAAAAACAUUUAAAACACUGGUAAACAUUUAAAGAUUUGAGGAUAAGGAUCUUUAAAUGCCAAUGGUUUUAACAAUCCUUGAAUCUUCCAAAAGGGGUUCUUUGGAUGGGUACGAGGGAAAACAAGUCACAACCGACAGAUAUGUUUUACUUCUGUGAAUAUCAGUCUGUGGUAAAUAUAGAAAAAUUGAUCAUUUUGGUGCAGGGCUGUUAAAGCUUUUCAUCUGUCCAACGGACGAUAUGCUCUCUCACACACAAUAGCCCUACACACAAACAGCGCUUGUAAGAAGAUCGGCUCUGAACUUGGGAUUUCAGGUAAAUAGGCUACAGUACUUGAUAAGGUUGCAUAGCAACCUCAGACGCCACUUCCACACUCUUGAAAGGUGGCUCAAAGAAGGCACAAAAGUAGCGCCUGACCUUGUGUUUUCCAAGCGGUUAAAGAUGUGGCAUGUGUACAGCCCCUGAGUCUGACAAAUAACCCUUGAAGAACUCUUUCUUCAAAAAAGGCAUGUUCCUCAGAAGCAAAUGGUUCUGGGUAGAGCCUUGGCUCUUCAGGAAGAACUCUUUUGGAACCCUUACGUCCAAGAGUGCGGGUGAAGGCUAAUAUGGCGCCAUUUACUUUCCACCUCUGUAGCUUUUAGGAAAAUGGGAGAGGUUUGUUCUCCAUCUUUCCAGAGCCACGUGGGCCCAGGGCACAACACACUACCACAGUUCAAACACGUCUGUCUGCAGGUAGGAAGACGGAGGAUAAAUCAAAUGAGAGAGCGAAAGAGGGGUCGGGUGGACAAUGGGUAACAGUGAUGGCUGUUGUAUGUGCCCUGCAUUUGCAGUUUAGCAGAGGCCAAACACGCACGUUUCAGAAGGAGAGAAGUGGCCGUGCAGAUACUGACCCACUUAUGAGUUUUCUUGCUGUGCUCACUGAACUGCCACUCAGACUCAAAGAAAUGUCAACACUCAAUAGUCAUCACUCAGGAAAUUGUCUGCGAUGAUGCACACUUUAACACACAUGUACACACAGUGAGAGUGAAAUAGCUGCAUGGCCUGCAACAUCAGUGGCAGCUACUAAAGACACUUGAGAAUAAACAUUAUCCCAAAUCAAUGCGCUUCCCUUGAACUCACCCUGAAACUGGUCGAUAUUUUUUCUGGCUCUUUGAGAACAACACUCUUAAGUCUCUAUAGCGCUAAAACACAUUGUUAGCAAGAAAAAGAGCAGAUGAAUCAGAGUAAAUACUGAAAAAUAACUUUCAUUCACAGUUCCUCAAUGCACUUUAUAACUCACACUUUGUUUGAAAGGGUUGUGUUGACUAGAUGAUGGUUAGAUUUAUAUUUCCUGUGCUGAUUAUUAUUUGUUCUUUGUUUUAAAGACCAUUCCAAUGGUUUUGUAAAUUUUGGCCCAUUACCUAUAAAUGUAUAUGUGUAGUUUGUGAUUGAUUUCCUACUCUUUAGGCAGCAAUUGGCUUUCCAUUUUCUCCUGUGCUUUAUUAUAGCAGAUACUUAAAGAUGCUUGAGAUUGGUAAUCCAUCACAGUGAGCACUUUACAUUGUAUUUUUUGGUCAGAACAUAAUUAUGUUGUACUGUAGUGGGAGAUCUCAGGAUUCUUCAUAACGAUGCAUUCAAGGACUCUUACAGUAUAAUUAUCUCCUGAAGCACAUUGCAUCUGUCAAUUAUGUUUGCAAAUGCAAACAUAAUGCAAACAUGGACACUGUGAAAAAGACUUAUAAAUUUGAUCAUUCCUUUGAUUAAAAAUUCAGCUGCCAUGUUGUUAGGAGUGUCUUUUUUUAUGCAUCUAAGGCCAUGUUACACAAAAACCAUGGCCUGAAAACAGAAUCAUUUCUUAUUUUUGUUUUGAAAGAAGUUCCACGUUCAGACGACAAUGUUUUGAUAACAAUCACCGUGCACACGGAUCCACAAAAAUGGCCAAAUGGCCAAAAUCGCUAUAGUAUACAUGCGCUUCCUUCUACAAAGCGGUGAUGUAUAAACAAACAAAAUGGCAACUACACAAACGUUUGUCUGGACAGACGACGAGGUGGAGUUGUUACAGUUAAUCUACACUUUGCUGGAGAAGUGUUGAUAAAUUUAAUAGGGUGAGCAACACAAACAGAGCUCAGGAGUCCGCCAUUGUUGUUGUGAUGGUCGACUUUCUCGCACAUGCCUAGUGACUAGAACCGUAAUGCACAUGUGCGAAAAGCCUCUGUUUUCAGAGGCGCUGCAUAUUGCAAGUUUACGUGACAACAUAGAGGGUGUUGUUUCUGAGAAAACUGCACUCUGGAGCCAGUUUUCAAAACGUUGCGUUUUCAGUCAGCCGAAACGGCGCCGUUGUGUAAAUGAUCAGCCAAAAUGCAACUAAAGUUUACCAUUUUCAGUUGAAAUUGUUUACAUAUGAAGAGGACCUAAGUGUGUUAUCCAUACUCACAACUGCAUUACUAUCGUGACAAAACAAACCAAAGAAAUGCAAUAAAUAAUUCAAUGUGAUGGAUUACCUUUCUUACGUGCAUUUAAAGAUUCUUAAAGUCGACUUCCAAAAGUGGUGAAAGAGAAGAAAACGAAAUGGUAGAGAAUGGGCUUAAACAUUUUGAUCUAAUGGUAUUUACCACUGAAAUAUCCUUUUUGUGUUUUGAAAACUGUUAAUCCAUGUGUACUGUGUAUAUCCAUCACAAGUUUUGGGUAACACCCUCCAACUGUGGUCCCUAAUCUGUCAACGUUAGUUGCUAUGAAGUUUUCUGGGAAAUAUCUAUGUGAUUUGUUGCUAAUAAUAGCAAAAAGUAUUCAUUUAGUGUUCAUUUAUGGUUGGAAACUUUAUUCUUCAUAUAUAUUUUAUUAUUAUUUUUCAUGUUCAGCUGACCUGCUUUGCUCUGAUUUGAAUACUUUCUGUUAUGCCAGAAAUUAACGGUACCAAUUAAACACUGUUUUCCCUAUAAUUAAUAUAAAAUUAUAUACCUGUAACCUCCUUUGAAAUUAUUAGGAUAUCAUGGACAUGAAAACAAAUGUUAUCCUCAUUUACAUGUUAUUUUCACUCCUUUCAAACACUCCUGUGUAUGACAUCUGAUGUUAAAAGAUAAAGUGAUAAUGAUCUGGUUUAACUUGAUAAAUGUUAUGAGGGUAGUAACACUUUUUCCAGUCUUCUGUUUUACUGUGAAAACUAUAAAUGACUGUUCUGUAUCAGUAAACUCAAUGUGCAAUUAUCAUUUUAAAGGGCUAACAGAAGUUUGCAAGUAAGAGUAUAAUUAACGUUGUACAUGUAGAAACCCUGUGACAGAUUAGAAAGCUGCUGUAUUCAGUGUUAAAGACUCAAGUUGACAUGUUUUUUCUCCGAUGAUAAAGGCGAAUGUGAGAGCAGCUUUAUAUGAAGCAAACUCUUUUUUUAAAAAAUGCUCCCGAGUGAAUGUUUAAACUCAAUGACCUUUUGUAGACAUCCUGUGACAUAAACAAAGUAAACUUCCUGUUUUGUUCAGCUGUUCAUCUCUAUAAUA